CACACAUCAUCCAAUUAUAGCUUCUUGUGCAACUCUCAGCAUACAUUCUACGUACGUACGCAGUGCAUAACUUGAUGGAGUCUAAUUCAUCUUCCCAAACGGCGGACGCCUCCGUGUAUGAAGGCGAAGCCGGCGGAUACUACCCUGGGACAGGGCCCCAAUCUCCGGCGAUUCCCCAGGGGAAGCUCGCCGCCGGGAAACUUGUUUUGCAUCCGCGCGGCUUUUCUCCGCCGCACUACUCCGACACUUUCAAUAUCGGUUAUGUUGCCCAAGGUACAUGCACAGUUGGACUUAUCUCCCCAAAUGAUCCGCAAGAAAAAGUCUUGAUAAUCAAGAAAGGAGACGCCUUUCCGAUGAAUAUAGGAACUAUUUCCUGGUGGUUCAACGGUGGAGAUUCUGAUUUCACUAUAAUAUUUCUAGGCGAGCGUAGCCAAUCCCUCAACCCUGGCCAAUCCGACUACUUUUUCCUGACUGGACCCAUAGGUGUUCUAGCAGCCUUUUCCCCCGAAUUUAUUACUAAAAUAUUUCACCUAAAAGAAUCGGAAGCAAACAUUCUUAUGAGCAGCCAAACUAACCCAUUCCUUGUCAAGGUUGGUAAAGAAAUAAAUAUGCCUAAUCAAUCCAAUUGCGAAACUAGGGAAUACGUUUUCAAUUUGGAUGGUUUAAUUUCUUCUGGAGUUAAUUAUGCUAAUAUAACUGCUGAAAAUUUCCCUUUGCUCGACAAAAUUGGGCUUAGUGCCAGUUUGGUGAGGCUCGAGCCCAACACUGUACUGAACCCAUCUUAUAGUGCAAAUGGGUCUCAAAUCAUUUAUGUUUUAAGAGGUAGUGGUCGGGUUCAAAUCAUGGGCCUUAAUGGCACUCGAGUCUUGGACGCUGACGUGCAAGAAGAUGAAGCAUUUGUGGUGCCCAAGCUCUUCGUGGCAACUCAAUUAGCCGGUGAACAAGGAAUGGAACUCUUUUGUGUUUCCACAUCUUCGAGGCCGGUAGUAGGGCAAUUGGGUGGGAAAGAUUCGGCUUGGAAAGCUUUAUCUUCAUCUGUCCUUCAAGCUGCAUUGAAUGUAUCUCCAGAGUUGGUAGAAUUGUUCAAGUCGAAGAUGGAUUUAUAAGACGAUAACAAUUCCUUUUAGGGAAUAUAAAUUGUAUUAUGUAAGGAGGAGGAGGUGCACACCUCUUGUGGGUGUCUGCAUCUGCAAUAAUUGUUUAUUCCUGUAAUAAAAAUAAGAUGUCAUAAUUGAAUCA